AUGUCGAUAUCUGGUAUACCAGCUCGUUCGGAUAAAAUUAACAGUAGCGUCAUGUUAGUCUGCUCAUGGCGUCGUAUGUUCGCUGUAUUGCUUGCACUGUCACUUGUUAGCUCUGGUUUCGUCUAUAUUUACGUUUAUGACGGUAUGACAGUGACCCCCGCAAGAAACCAGGCAGAAAAGUACUGGGAUGAUAUUAUCGAAAAUCAAUUCACACAACGUUCGGUGAUUGUGACUAGAACACCACCCACGAAAACCCAAAUUAUAUCAAGCACAUCAGGUUUUAAUCGGAGCAUGUUGAAUAGCCGCAAAUACCCUCCUCUGAAUGGCGGGAAACAUUACGACAUAUUAACCAAUCACGUAAGGUACAAUCGACAUGAAAUGGAGGCUGUAAUUCCCAAUGCUACUUACAUUACUAUAUUACGUCACCCUGUGAAUCAGAUUGUCUCGGCCUUCAGCUACUUCCGGUGGGCACAGGUCAUUAAUCGAUAUCACGGAAAUAAAAAUGCAUUAGUAACUUUUAUGGAAAAUCCUGCAAAAUUCCCCAAAUAUAAAAUGAGAUUUUGGUGGCAAAGUCACAACGGUCAACUCUAUGACCUUGGAUUUAGAAAUAAUUAUGCCAAUAUAACGGAUGAUGUAAUCCACAAAUACAUUGAAAUUCUGGACAAGGAGAUGGACCUCGUUCUUAUCACGGAAUAUUUUGAUGAGUCUUUGCUGGUUUUGAAGAAACAGUUGUGUUGGAGCAUGGACGAUAUCAUUUACAUUCCGAAAGGUGUCGGUACAUCGAGACAUAUACUCACGCAACAGACGCGUGAUAGAAUUAUGCAAUGGAACAGGGGUGAUUUUCUGCUCUAUGAACAUUUCAACAGAACACUAUGGGAAAAAAUAACUGACUAUGGUCCCGCCUUCGAGAGGGAUUUGCAACAGUUCCGGGAUAAGCGACACACAACAAUGGAGGAGUGCGUUGACCCAUCUGUCAUGAAUACUAAAGAUCCACGUGAAAGGAAAUACGUCCUAAAAAGUAAUGCAGCUGACAAAUGUAUUAAUAUGUGGCUCAGUGACGUAAGGUUCACUGCUUUGAUACGAGAUAAACAAGGCAAAAGCAAAAAUAACAUACCCAACCAGGGAUCAUUAAACAAAAGUAACGUGACACAAUAG